UCUGUGGACUGGGGCAGCCUAUCCUCUUUGCUAGGGGAGGAGUUCAGGUUUUCCGAGAAUAAAAAGGGUUUUUGGCAGCGAAACGAUAUUUAACAUUCCGGAGGCUGAGAUUAACUAACUCCAGAUGUGAAUCCCCGAGAGAGAGAGAGCGGAGAGUGAAAAACAGGGAAGGAAAUCUUCGGGAAGAUAGAGGGAGAGAGAGAAAGAAAAUCCAGGAAAGAGAGAGAGAAGCAGACAGAGUGUGAGAAACAGGGAAGGAGGGAAGUUUCAGAGCUCAACUGAAUGAAAACAUCGUCGCGGGAUCGGGAGGAAAGUUUUCCCAGUUUGGAGAAGUUUCUCAGGAAGUUGCUGAAGUCCCGGGAGGGAGCGAGGUUGAUCGGAAUCCCUGUCGGGUUUAGAGUCGGAGAUGGCCCGGUCUCUCUGGCAGUUUCUCUGCCUCCUGUCGAUCCCCGUGGGAGCGCAGGCUGCCACUUACCCCCAAAGGUACCCCCUGUACUCGGCUGUCCCCGCAGAACCCAGCAGCCAGGCGGCGCCCGGAGUGAGGGCAACCAGCAGGCACAGGAAUUGGUGUGCCUAUGUAGUUACACGGGUGGUAUCCUGCAUCAUUGAAGAUGGUGUAGCAACAUUCGUCAAACCUGAGUAUCAGCCCUGUGGAUGGGGCCCACUACAAUGCCCACGGACAGUGAUUUAUCGUUCCUUCAUGAAGCCGCGAUACAAGAUUGCAUACAAAAUGGUGACAGAAAUGGAAUGGAGAUGUUGCCACGGUUACUCAGGAGAUGACUGUUCGGUGGGUCCACCAGGACAGACUGACAUUGUAUCUCCAAGACCAUAUCAACCCAAUCCAUCUGGUACAAGGCCAUCAGCAGGAUCCUCAGUUGAAGGUGGAACGGAUUCUGAUAAAUCUAAUGAGAUGGAAGAAAAGAUCCAGAAGUUGAAUCAGGAAAUUCACAAUCUUCAGUCCACUAUCCGAGGGAUGAAUGAGAAAUUCCAGGAUGAAAUUCAGAAAGCGAUUGAAAUCGCAAUGAACGGGAGGCAGCCCGCUGAUGCUGCAUCCCACCCUGACAUGAAGGAGACUAUCAAUGAGAUUCAGAGAAAACUCCACCAGAUUGAUAACCGAGUAAAGGAGCAUGAUGGUGAGAUUAACCUUUUAAACACAAUCAAACCAUCUGGAGGUGCUGGGGUCAGUCAGUCUGAGACUGGCCAGAAAUGGUCGGAUCUAAAGGAAGAGCUGGUCAGGGAGGUGGAACGCCGGAUACAAAACUCCUGCUUCUCCUGUCGAGCUGACAUUGAGCUCCUCCGACAACUUCAGGAGGAAGACAGGCAGAGGCUUCGGGAACUGGGCAGAAUAUUCAAUGCCACUGAGCAACACAAUAGGCAUCUAAUAGAAAGCAUUCAUAAGCACAUCAGUGAAAUGCCAGAA